AUGGCGAAAAGAAAAAAUCCCGAAAAAUCACACAGUGAUGGCGAACGAAAGCGUUACAAGUUAGGCGAUAAGGAUUUGCAGGAUAUAGUGGACAUGGUAAGAGUAAAUAAAACAAGGGUUGAAAUUACACCAAAAAACAUUGCGGAUAUUGCAAAAAUGGUUCACGAGAAUAGAUUACAAAAACAAACUACAAAAACAUCGCGCGGGAAAAGAAAUUAUAAUAUAGAAGAUAGAGACCUUCGGGAGAUUGCAAAUAUUGUGGAAAAAAAUAAAGAACAUACACAAAUACCGCGAAACGCUUUUCAUGUUGAUUUAUUACGGACACAUCGUCGCUUGGGUUAUAAUGAAUAUAUUUAUAGUGUUAGAAUAGGUGCUGGAAAUAUAACAACACUUCCUGAAUUUUAUGAUUCUCUUACUGAGAUAUUUAGUUAUUUAAUAAAUACAAUGAAUUAUAUAGCUAGUUCACCAACUGAUAAAGCACGUUUUUAUAUCUCUAAGGCACCUCGCACACCUUUUUCUACGGCUAUUUUAAAUGUUUCCGAUUUUAAUACUGAUAUGUUUUUUGAUAUUUUUGAAAAACAUAUGCAAAGUAAUGCACAAGAGGUGAUUGAUGGUGGGUGGAGUACAACUGUUUCUCUGUAUAUAUUUCCAAAUAGUUAUAUACCGCGAACGACAAAAGAAAAAACCGUAAGAAAGAAACAAAUGUAUAGAUCGGUAGGUAAAAACGGUACAGAUGUGGGUCGUGGCAGAAAAAAAUUAGUACAAAAACAUGGACGUGAAAUUCGAAGCGGUGUUUUUCAAGUGGUUUCAAAAUCAGAUUGUUGUUUUGCCCUGGCACUAUUGACGGGACGCUCUUUUGUCGAUAAAGACGAACGAUACGAUAAACUAAGCCUUAAUCGUAAUACACCACUCGAACAACUUUAUACAGACGACGAAAUUACUGACGUUUACGAACAAUGUGGAUUAGCUGUGGGAGGUGUUAGUAUUAAUCAAUUGCCGGAUGUUUACGAGCGAUAUUUGGCCGUGCAAAAUAUUGAUUUAGUUGUAUUUUCCAAAAAUAAUGAUGAUAUCGUAUACGAUUCGCGUAUGCGUGGCACAGAUGAAAUUUGUUCUACCAAUUUAAAAAUUAUAUUUUUAUGGCUUAAUGACAGACAUUAUGAUUUGGUGCUUUCGCCUAAUACAUUUUUACAAAUGACCGCGGGAAAAUUUUGUUUUAAAUGCAUGAAUUACUUAAAACAUUGGGAGCGUGUAACUACGCACGUAUGCCGUAUAUCUUUUUCAUGUUUGAAUUGUUAUAGUGGCGGUGAAAAAUGUCCGGAAGAAGAGGGAUUUUUUAUUCAGUGUCCACAAUGUUUUGUGAAUUUUAAAAAUCAUGAUUGUUAUAUGGCGCAUCUUACAAAAAGGGUUUUUAAAAAGGGUUCGGAAAAGGUGUAUAGUGUAACGCCAUGUCAACAUAUGUUCUUUUGUAAAACCUGUUAUAAAAAGGUUCCGCGUAUGACGGUAAUGGGUAAAAAAACAGCAGCCCAUAAUUGUGAUAUGGUCUAUUGCAAACAUUGUAAUGCUGUUAAAAAAAAACGCACAAAUGUUUUAUGA